CUGAUUCUAUGUCUUGUCAGUUUUUCUGCUCCGAUUGCGGGUAGUUAUGAAUGAAAAUGAUCUUAUGAUUAGUAUGGUUGUAUGUAUUUGUUGAUGUUAAUUUUAGAAUACCACCCCGGCCGAUGGAUCCUAAGAAAGACUUGGCAGUAUGUGGGUGCAGUACAGUUGCAUGGAAAGACCGAAUGGAGGAGUGGAAGAAAAGGCAGAAUGAGAGACGUCAGGUGGUUAAGCAUGAAGGACAUGGUGGAGAUGAUUCUGAUGGUCUUGAUUUACCCAAUUAUUGUUUAGGACCCGGGCGGACUAAACUAUGUUGGUUAGGGGUGUUUUGGCUAAGAGGAAUAAGCCGGCAAGCAAAGCAACAGCAGAAGAAGAACUUGAACAACCAGGCAACAAAACGGAAUAGUCAUCUGGAACCAUGCCAAUCGGAUGGCCAAGAUUUUGGGUCCUGCAACCAGCAACCUAAUUGCAAUAGCUCUAAGAAACUUGCACAAACUUAGCUAUAGCUGCAAGUAUUUUGAAUUUGUACAUUAAAAUGGAUGGCAAAUCUCUGGACUCACAGAUUUCCUAUCCAAUAAUUAUAACCAUGGUUGCCUUGCUAUCUAAAACAGGUCUGCUUUUGGACAGUCUAAUAGAUCUGUGCCAAUGCAACGGAUCAGUUCAUCUCAAAAUUUGUAAUCACGUCUUCCACCAUAAAACUACUUAAAAACAACCCCAAACCCAUUCCAAUAACGAGCAACGAGCAUGAGAUUCAUGCAGUGCAUGAUACCAUUCAAUCCCUUGCAUUGUUACACAACUGACAAGUACUUUGCAGAUCAAUCCCCCAGCUUACCAUUCUGUCUAUACUCUAUAGUACUCGGGCUUUGCAGCAUAGCUAGCCAGGAUAAAGGCCCAUCUAGAAAUGUACACCUUUGCCUCCCCACACCACCUUAUUCCAGCUCUAAUUAGGGUAAUUGUGCCUCAUGGCAUUCCAUGCAGACUUGACAGUGAACGUACCAGGUACCACUAGCAUGUGGCAGCCACUGAAGUGAAUCCUCCUUAUUUUAUCUGGCAGUAAGUCAGGAGGAGAAUGGUCUACUAUAUUCCUGGUGACCCUGUUCACAGGUCUUGCCAACUUCCAUUGGCCAUUGCAAUUAAAUGAUUGAAUCAACUUUAGCAAUGGAUAGAUCUCCCCAUAUUGUAUACCACUCUCUCUAAUUGUCCCCAUCCAAAGGGAAGUGAUUGUAUGGUAGUACUUAUU